AUGUCUUCCAAUCCAGUGCCUGCUAACGUCAUAUAUGCCAAUCCAGCGCCUUCUCCCAUCAUGUCUGCCAAUCCAGUGCCUGCUCCUGUCAUGUCUGCCAAACCAGCGCCUGCUCCCGUCAUGUCUGCCAAACCAGAGCUUGUUACCGUUGUCUCGCCUGCUCCCAUCAUGCCUGCCAAACCAGCGCCUGCUCCCACCAUGUCUGCCAAUCCAGCACCUGCUCCCAUCAUGCCUGCCAAACCAGUGCCUGCUCCCGCCAUGUCUGCCAAUCCAGUGCCUGUUAACGUCACGCCUGCCAAUCCAGCGCCUGCUCCCGUCAUGUCUUCCAAUCCAGCGCCUGCUCCCGUCAUGUCUGCUCCAGCGCCUGCUAAUAUCAUGUCUUCCAAUCCAGCGCCUGCUCCCGUCAUGUCUGCCAAACCAGCGCUUGUUACCGUCAUGUCUGCCAAACCAGCGCCUGCUCCUGUCAUGUCUGCCAAACCAGCACCUGCUACCGUCAUGUCUGCCAAACCAGCGCCUGCUCCCGUCAUGUCUGCCAAACCAGCACUUGUUACCGUCAUGUCUGCCAAACCAGCGCCUGCUCCCGUCAUGUCUGCCAAACCAGCGCCUGCUCCCGUCAUGUCUGCCAAACCAGCAACUGCUACCGUCAUGUCUGCCAAUCAGGCGUCUGCUAACGUCAUGUCUGCCAAUCCAGCGCCUGCUAAUAUCAUGUCUUCCAAUCCAGCGCCUGCUCCCAUCAUGUCUGCCAAUCCUGUGCCUGCUUUUACUCAUGCCUGCCAAUCCAGCGCCUGCUCCCGUCAUUUCUUCCAAUCCAGCGCCUGCUCCCGCCAUGUCUGCCAAUCCAGUGCCUGCUCCGAUCAUGCUUGCCAAACCAGCGCCUGCUCCCGUCAUGUCUGCCAAUCCAGUGCCUGCUAA